CGUUGUAGUUUGAAAAUUAUGAAUUAUAAAUGAUUGAGUGUCCAAAAAAGAAGGAUAAAAAGGGAAAUUCAAAACUUUGCGAUUGCCGGCCGGUCUGCAAACACCGGAGGCGGACAUGGAAGGGCGUGGUGCUCAAAACGUCUGCGGAGUUGUUAGCCGAGAAAGAGCUAAAGGAGGAGAAGCCAGUGCAAUCUAUUAAAAUACAUCCAAUGAAACCAUGCGAAAAAUGGGUAAAGUCCCGUGAAAUUAUUCCGCCAGUGAAGGUAAAAAAACCUAGCAUUGUGAAGAUAUGCGAGGCGCCGAUUGCCGACACGGCGGCCACGCCCUUCGUGGAGUACGCUAAACUGGCCAAGGAAAUUGGUGCGUGGGAUUCUGUGCGUAAAACAUGCGCGUUUUGCUCGUGCCCGGGAUGCUGCGCGUGCACGUCGCGGGAGUACGAGCUGGGAGAGGAGGGGGCGGGGCAGCGUCGGCGCGCCAUGACUGACUUCGACAGACGCGUGCGCGACGAUUGCAAGAUCAUGCGGAUCAUGUACAAUAACAUUUAA